GCGGCUCCGGGCCCUGCGCGCGGGAGGACCCCGGCGGGCGGCGGGGAGGCCGAGCGCGGCGGCGGAGCGCGGAGGAGCGCGGAGGAGCGGCGCGGGGCGGCCAUGGCCGCGGUGCUCAGGCGCAGCUGCGGGGUCCUGAAAAGCCUUUCUCGUUUUGACUGGAGACUACAACAUACAAAACCUGCCCUAAAGCAUGAACCAAGAUUGGGGUUUAAUUUUGAGUUCACUGAACAGCAAAAAGAGUUUCAAGCUACUGCUCGUAAAUUUGCCAGGGAAGAAAUAAUCCCCGUUGCUGCAGAAUAUGAUAAAACUGGCGAGUACCCUGUCCCCCUAAUUAAAAGAGCAUGGGAACUUGGUUUAAUGAAUACACAUAUUCCAGAGAGUUGUGGAGGUCUUGGACUUGGAACUUUUGAUGCUUGUUUAAUUACUGAAGAAUUGGCUUAUGGAUGCACUGGGGUUCAGACAGCUAUUGAAGCAAAUUCUUUGGGGCAAAUGCCUCUAAUUAUUGCUGGAAAUGAUCAACAACAAAAGAAGUAUUUGGGGAGACUGACCGAGGAGCCAUUGAUGUGUGCUUACUGUGUAACAGAACCUGGAGCUGGCUCUGAUGUAGCUGGUAUAAAGACCAAAGCAGAAAAGAAAGGAGAUGAGUAUAUUAUUAAUGGUCAGAAGAUGUGGAUAACCAAUGGAGGAAAAGCUAAUUGGUAUUUCUUAUUGGCUCGUUCUGAUCCUGAUCCAAAGACUCCUGCUGGUAAAGCCUUCACUGGAUUUAUUGUGGAAGCAGAUACCCCAGGAGUGCAGAUUGGAAGAAAGGAACUAAAUAUGGGUCAGCGAUGUUCAGAUACAAGAGGAAUUGUCUUUGAGGAUGUGAAAGUGCCUAAAGAAAAUGUUUUAAUUGGUGAGGGAGCUGGUUUCAAAAUUGCUAUGGGAGCUUUUGACAAAACCAGACCUCCAGUCGCAGCUGGUGCUGUGGGACUAGGACAGAGAGCUUUGGAUGAAGCUACCAAAUACGCCCUGGAGAGGAAGACUUUUGGAAAGCUGCUUGUAGAGCACCAAGGAAUAUCAUUUUUGCUGGCUGAAAUGGCAAUGAAAGUUGAACUAGCUAGAAUGAGUUACCAGAGAGCAGCUUGGGAAGUUGAUACUGGUCGCCGAAACACCUACUUUGCCUCUAUAGCAAAGGCAUAUGCUGCAGAUAUUGCAAAUCAGUUAGCUACUGAUGCUGUGCAGGUUUUUGGAGGCAAUGGAUUUAAUACAGAAUAUCCUGUAGAAAAACUAAUGAGGGAUGCUAAAAUCUAUCAGAUUUAUGAAGGAACGGCACAAAUUCAAAGACUUAUUAUAGCCCGUGAACACAUUGGCAGGUAUAAAAAAUAAAGAGAUGGCUAUAGAAAUGUGAUUAAUGCUGAAUUAUUAGAAUACAAUCUACUGUUUUAAUCUUGGAAGAAGAGAAAGAGCUUUAAGAUUUUUUUUCUGGUAAAACUUUAAAAUAAGCACUCAAACUAAAUCUAUGCAGUUGAUUCUAGUAUCAGUUUUCCACUUUUGUUUAACUUUAUGACUUACUUUUUCUCAAAAAGAUUUGGUUUCAUUAAAAUUAUGUGUUAUCUUUAGUACUAUUGUACUUGUAUUGUAUUAACCUAGAAAAGUACAUUUAUUUUCUUAUGUUAACCACUUAAAGUAACAGAAGUUCUUUGGAUUUCAGUAUUUUUCCAAGGACAUUUUUGAAAAGUGGGCUUAUAAAAGUAUUCAGAAUGUUCCAAAAUUUACAUUGAGAAAGCAUUAUAGGAUUUGGAUGCCAUUAAAUAACUUAUUAGUGUCUUUUUAGACUUGGUGGAAUUAAUUAGGGGAGUUCAUUUUGCUACAAUUUGGGAAGCAUUCAUUUUCAGUUUUGUAAUAGUAAAAAAUUUAAUGUUCAUAUUCUCACCAUACAAUGACCAGAAGUUAUUGAAAAUCUUGUUUAAUUCCGAAUCUACAUUUCACUUGCCUUAUUUAGAAAUAAGUUCAUAAAAUUUGCCUUAAAAUAUUUUUAUAUGAUUCCUGGUACCUGGGUAGGCUUUGGUCUAUUGUAUACAAUCUCAUUUCACAUGCAUACAUUAUGGAAAGAAACAAAUAAAAUUGUUGAGUGCUUAUUCAUAUAUCUGUAUUCUCUCAGGAAGUUUCAUUACUUUGUGUAAUAAUGUAUGCUUGAUAUAUUUACUGUGUUGAAAAAAAGUCCUGUUCUGAUUUUGAACUGCAUAAAGUUACCCGCUCAUGUUUCACCAGAUGGUAUUAUGGGCAUCUCAAAAGAUAUGAAUAUUAAAUAAUGUAAGAAAGUU